GUUCAAUCUACAUUUUUCCAGCAAGUUUUUUUUUAAAAGCUGUAGUAGUUGGGUCACCGAAAGAUACAUAAAGAGGGAAGUCUUCUACAUUCUAAUGUAUAUGUGAUACGUGGAUCGUGGGUUAUCCAGCAGAAUCAUUGGCUCAUCAUGGUUGCCCAUACCCGUACAUUUUUAUAUCUUUAGAAAGUGACAAAAGCUGCGUCACUUUAUAUGAUUCUUUAACAGCAACUGUCAUCUAGAAUAUUUAAAAAGACAAGCUAGCUUUUCUAAGUUAGAUUCUACUACACACUGACUGCAGAAAUAAAGGUUUAAGUUUUAGUGGAAGCUAUUUUGUUUUCCAUCAAUAGCUAGCAUGCCCAUAUUAAGCAAUAAACUCCAAAUUAUCAGAAUUCACUUAUUGUUGAAGUGGGAAUUUAUCUGAGUUUUCUAGUUUCUUUCAUGAAAAUACUUCCUGUGAUGGGUUUUUAUUAGAUGUCUAUUUACAAAUUUGCUGUCCUAUAAAGUGAAGAAUAUAUUGCCCCUCUUUCCCUGUUCUAUGUGCUAUAAUUUUUAGAAUAUUUGGAUGUAAAGGACAAACAGAGAAUUAAGAAGUUAAAAAGAUGAUGAUCUGACAUAUUUUUACAGAGAACUUACACUCCUUGUCCAACGUGACAAGUGAGUAACUCUUCUUGACCACCACUUUGCAACUUAUGGAAGUGAUGAUUAAAAAAAUUGUGUAGCGGAUCCUUUCAGUCCUAGUUGAGUUGUUAUGUCAAGAGAAGAUCAUCAUUGACUGUUUGUUAUAUCUUUUUCUCUGUGUAUGAAUUUAGUGGUCACUUAAUGGAAUCUCUUUAUUAAAAACAAAACUGAGCAUUCACAUGUUAUUGUUAAUAGCAUCAACAUAUUGGCAAUUGGUAAAUAGGGAGCGAUGGAUACCUUUUAAGUGCACAAGUCCCUGUGUUUGAGAGUAAAUGUAUUUUAAUCCUCUUUGAUAUCUCAAUUUCCCAAAUGCUUGCUAUAGAUAUCUCAAUUUCCAUUAAGAAUUUAAUUACCAAGUACAAAGUAGAGAAAUGUUUGUUUUGUUAGUAUGCAUUCUUAAUUAGCAGUUUAUUCAAGGCUAGGUUAGACCCACUGAGGUUGAAAGUCUUGGAAUAAACAAGAUUCUCAUGUUUGAAGGCUUGUAAGCAAGUUGGUGGCGCAAUUGCAAUAUAAAGAAGAAUCACAGCCCACCCAAAGCAAUCUCAUUCCCAAUCUUUUUACCCUCAGAAUAUAUGUAUAAAUUGACUGAAAGAAGGAAUCUGUUUGAAAAAACAUUGACCAGCCCUUUUCAACUUUCAGCCUUUUCAGUGUAGAUUGUGGAGGAGUCUAACCCAAUAUUGAACUUGAAACAUUUAAUCAAUGCAUCAUAUAUGGUUCUAAUUUGUUUGUAAGAAGAAUAAAUGUGUUCAAGUUGUACCAUCGUUUUGUGCACAAAAAGAGUAUCCAUCUUUUAAAGACACCUUUGUUAGUUUUCAAGCAUCUAAGUAAAGUAGUCCAGCUUUGCUCGAUUUCAUAUAAAUAGAAGUGGCAUGAAAACCUCAAACUUCAACCAAAUCUCAUAAUCUUCCUCUUCUUUCCCAUAAGAGACUCCCAACUUAUUGGAUCACUAUCUGAAUUGGAUUUUGAUCCUAGUGAGUUGUUGAGAUGGAGAAGAUAAAAUCAUUGGUAUCUAAGAAUGGAGUUGUGAUUUUCACCAAGAGCACUUGUUGCUUGUGUUAUGCUGUCACCAUUCUCUUCCAUGAACUUAGGGUGAACCCUGUAGUCUAUGAAAUAGACAAAGAUCCUCAGGGAAGGGAGAUGGAGAAGGCUUUCCUGAAGCAAGGCUGUAGUUCAUCCCCUGUGCCCGCUGUAUACAUAGGUGGCAUGCUCGUGGGUUCCACCAACGAGGUCAUGUCCCUCCACCUAAGCGGCUCCCUCAUUCCACUGCUCAAACCAUAUCAGUCCCUGUCUUAAACAAACAAAUUUCACUAUGAAGAAAUCACAUUGGCUCAAGACCAUGAGUAGUUGUGAUCUAUUCAACUAGACUAUCUUCUUUAUUAUUAGUACUUUCAUAGUUUUUCAUUCGCAUCUAGCAUGGUAAAGAUGAUAGUCUUUUAGACUAUUAUAUUAUGAUUAUCAUUACUUUUUAGAAUAUAAAUAUAGCUUGUUUAAUCUGUUCACGUGUGUUUUAUGGAAACUUUGUAAACCAUACCCAAAGUCUUGUACCUAUGUCGAAUCUCGAAAGAGAUCAAUAUGGCCACCAAAAUUGUUGGAAAUUAAGCUACACUUCAAUAUUAGUAUUUAUUAGGGUUAAUUUAGUAAUUAAGUAUUGUCGGUUAUAUAUAUAAUAAACGGUUAUGGUUGUCCAA